CGACUUGACUAAUAUUACUACUAUACAACAACCAUGCCACGCUUCAACCAGCUAUAUAUACAACCCUCCACUACAGCCAUGUACCUCCAUCAACAACACCACUUCCACCCUCAUCCUUCUUCUUCUUCAUCACCACCGCUACAAUGACUACAAAUCUCCCCCCACUCGACACCCUCCUGGGCCCUAGCCCACCCCCCAACCUAUCCCAAAUGCGCUACCAACGCUGGGCCUACCUGAACCCGCCCAAAGACCCCCAGUUCCCCUUCACCCACAAGACCGUCCUCGUCACCGGCGCCAACACAGGCCUGGGCUUCGAAGCGGCGCUGAAAUUCGCACACCUCGGCUGCGCGCAGCUCAUUCUGGCCGUCCGCACGCCCGCGAAAGGCCGGGAAGCCAAGAACCGCAUCGUGCAAGCCACCAACUACCCGGAAGCACGCAUCACCAUUCUCCAGCUCGACCAGAACAGCUUCGCCUCCGUGCGCGCCUUCCCGCAAACCCUCUCCAGCACCCUCGGCUCCUCCACCCUCGACGUAGCGGUCCUGAACGCCGGAAUCGCCGCCCCCCGAUACGCCGUCAACAAAACCACAGGCUGGGAAUCCGCCCUGCAGGUGAACAUCAUCUCGACCGCGAUGCUCGCCAUCGCCCUGAUGCCACUCCUCAAGCGUCGAAUCGCCGAAAAAGGCGAACCCGCCCAACUCACCUUCACCGGCAGCGUGGGCCACAAGUACGUCAAACCGGAGCAAAUGCCCCCGCUGGACUCGGGCAAUCUAUUGCGAGUAAUCAACUCGGCGGAGUUCUUCAACGUCGAGAAGAACUACUGCGUCAUCAAGCUGCUGAAUAUGUAUGUCAUGAAGGGCCUGAUCGAUGAUUAUGUCCGAAGCGGCCCGGAUGGAAAGACCCCGGUGUUUGUGAAUGUCGUCUGUCCGGGGUUCUGUGUCACGGAUCUGGGGAGGGAGUUUCCGUGGCAUAUUGUUGCGAUCACCAAGGCUAUACAUUGGUAUUGUGGACGGACGGCGGAGCAGGGCGGACGCUCGUUGGUUAGUGCUACGCUGUUGGGAGGGGAGGGCCAUGGGAGGUUUUGGGUUAAUGAUGGGUUUCCGGAGCCGGCGGAAUUGCUUACGAGUCCGGAGGGAAAGAGGUUUCAGCUUAAGCUAUGGGGGGAGAUUCGGGAGGUUUGUGAGAAGGAAUUGGCUGCGUAGAGGGGCUUUGCUGAGGGAGGUGUCCCAUCUGGCUUCGAUGGGAGGUAGCUGUUGUUGUAUGGAUCAUGGUGGUGCUUUUAAGGGGAGGAUUGAUACCCUGUUGUAUUGUCAUGUUUGUUAGUAGGCCGACGCACUCCGUGGAUGGGUGCAGGGAUUCGGUUUGAAUGUUCAUGUUGUUAGAAGAAAUGAUAGAAU